AUGGGUCUUUCUCGUCAUCAUCGUUCCAAUAGCAACCAUCGAUGCUGCUAUGAUUUUCGGUUCCGUGACGUUACAACACAUGAAAUUUCAGACUCGUCAAAGUCAUUUUCUGCGACCUCUUCCACCACAUCUAAUCACAAGCCGAAAUUGUCUUCUUCAGGUUCAAAAAAUUAUUCUUCAAGCUAUGGAUGUUCUCAGUCUGAGAAAACUUACUUUGAGAAUGUUCGUAAAAGGCACAGGCCUAGCUCGCCCGCUUUAUCUCCCCGUAAGUCUCGACGGCUUGGUGCAACGAUUAAAAAUGGCAGAGACGAUCACCUCCUCGACGGUAACUCCUCAAGCCCGGUUGUUCGUUUCCUAAACGGUGGCCCUGAGUCUCAUGUUUCGGUUGAGAGGUCCCGCGAUCGCGGCCGGAGCAUUAGUCACGUCUCUCCGACGCUGAAGCGGAAACACGGUGGUUCCGAUCAUCACUCUUCCAUUCGCCCCAGUCACAAGCGCAAGCGCCAGCGGCGAAGCAAAGAGAGAGCCAAGCGCAGAGAGAGCCACGAGCAUCACAAGCGCGGCACGGCCUCGGCUGUCGUUCCUCUCGGGGAGGUCAUCAAACGACGAUUCGAGGUGCGUAAGGUCCUAGGUGAGGGCAGCUUCGGACAGGUUCUGGAAUGUCUUGAUCUUCACACGCGCUCACGAGUGGCAGUUAAGGCGUUGAAAAGGCUUGAGGACUACCAGGAGGCGGCGAAGCACGAGGUGGAUGUCCUUGAUACCAUCUCUAAGGCUGAUCGUAGUUUACGCUCUAAUUGCAUUGAAACUAUUGACUUUUUUGACUGGCACAGGCAUUACUAUAUCGUUUUCCCCCUGCUAAGCACUAGCGUAUUCAACCUACUUGAGCGGAAUGAUUAUGAGCCCUAUCCCAUCGAUUAUGUUAUCGCUAUUUCUCGUCAACUCUGUGAAGCCGUCGAUUUCAUGCACAAACUGAAAAUUUGUCAUACGGAUCUUAAGCCAGAAAACAUCAUGUUUGUCUCCUCUGAGUUCACUGCAGUUUACAAUGAUAAACGAGGUAGAAGUGUUUGCCUUGUACGCGAUCCUCGAGUCAAAGUCAUCGACUUCGGAUCUGCUGUUAUGGAGGGUGAAAGACGCCCUACCACCAUCCAGACGAGGCAUUACCGGGCACCUGAAGUCAUUCUUGAAUGUGGGUGGUCAUACUCUGCAGAUGUCUGGUCUGUCGGUUGUAUUAUUUAUGAACUAGUAACUGGUCAAUGCCUCUUUAUGACCCAUGAUAACCUUGAGCAUUUGGCAAUGAUGGAGCGAUUCCUCGGUCCUUUGCCCAAGCACAUGGUCAGGAGCAGUCGGAGAAGGCGGUACUUCAGGCGUGGCCGGCUGGAUUGGGACGUUAACAGUGCGGAUGGACGGUAUGUGCGGCGGCAUGUCAAGCCCCUAGGUGACCUCUGGCUUUCCACUGGUGAUCUUAGCGCCAGACUUGCUCUUGAUCUCGUCAGAGAAAUGCUUGUCUAUGAUCCAGACGCUAGAAUAUCUCCCCAGGAAGCGUUGGAACACCCCUUCUUCCAAUAA